CGUGAACUGCUCAGCCGGUGCGGUCGGUCAGUUGUCACACGUACGUGUAAAGAGGUGCACGUUUAGGUAUAUCGAUAUCGACAAAUAAGGCUGGGACCCUGCGUCAUUACGAGUCGCAAAUAAAUCGCGUGAAUUUCGUCAUGUAAGUUAAUAAUUAAACACCACGCGCGCGUUGUGGUCGACGAAACAUUGUGAACAUGGUUAUAUGUUUUUCAAGAGCAUAAUGUAUUGGAUUAUUCAAUGUCUCGUUUGGAUCAGUCUGACAUCGACACCGGCGUUUACUUAUAAUGACUACAUAGAAUAUCAGACAUCUUCAGAAAAUCGAAAUGAAUAUUCAAGAGACCCAGUCAGGACAGAGCAAAUUAGUAUAGGAAACAGACGGAGCUAUGAACGAGUUACAGAACGAUAUUUGGAGGGAUCGAAUGAACGAUCACAUAUGAGCGAACGAUCGAUCCCACUUAAUCAUAAGAGAGUGAAUGAACAAAACAACAGAAGAACAAGCACAGUAGAUGAAGGUUACAGAAGAAAUAGCAAUUCGUCGCUCAAAAUUGUAAAUGAUUUAGCAAAGCCUUAUCCUAUAGUUAGUAAUAGGAGAGCACAAGAAGACUCCAAACCGUCGUUAAGGGACAGUGUUGUGUUCCCAGGGCCAACUUCAAGAGCGCCAUUAUUCCGUCCGCAGAUAUCGGACGAUAAUUGUUUAAAACAUGGUAUCUGCGAGAGCAUCCCUAAUUAUCCCACAGAACGAGUCGCUGCUAUUCUAAAAGAGCUGGAAAAUUCAAAAUAUAGAUUCAACGUAGAUAUUUUAGAUACGCCAGAGAUUGUACAAAGGAUAGGAUCUCCAGAUCAAAUGAUGGAACUUUGUAACUCCGAGGAGAAGGUUGUGUACCCCGAAGCUGCAUAUGACGAUAAAUGGUAUAUAAUAAUAAAUCAAAAAAAGACACCGCGACAAGGUUUCCGUGUUGAAAUCUGCAGGCCUGCAAACGUGCCUUGCUCGAGCAUAAUCUAUGUGGACGAGUCAACGUACAACGCGACUUGCAUACAAAAGCAUCAGUACCGCCAAAUGGCCGCCCUCGACGAAUCUGGCAAUUUGAUAGAGAAGGAGUUCAAAAUACCUUCAUGCUGCUCUUGCGCCAUAUCUGCUGUAAAUUUAUAAUAUUAAAAAACCUGGAAAACAUUGAAGGAGUUUAAAAAACAAUUUGUGUACCUGGAUUUAAACAGUGUUAAUUGCGCUGGAAGAUUUAUUAUGUGAAUCGUUCUAUUAAAAUAUUAAUAAGUGCCACACCAAUUGCCAAGUCCUCAACCUAGGAUAUCUUGUGUUAUGAGGAACCAGGCAAUAAACAUUUGCGGAAUAGAUGAGAUCGUAAUGUUAAUAAAUUCUCUAUCUAUAUUUUGUAAUGAAAAGUCAAUUUUAUGUAUGUAAUAUAUACCAUAAUGUACCCAUGAUUGUGAUAUAUCUACCUAUAUAAUUACAUAUGAGUUUUGUUGCUUUGACCUACUAAGAUUCAAUAAAAAAAAUAUAUAGCUGUAUGCCUGAUUUAGUAUCAAUGAUAGUUACAACUCAACUAUAAUUUACACUGUACCUUAGAUUAUAUACGAGAAGAUAGAGUGUCUCCAUAUAAAUGAUUCGAGAAAAGCAACAGCUUUUUAUACACUUUUGCGUGAUAAAUUGUUAUAAGUGACUCCUUUAUAACGGCUAUAUUUAUUUUUUCUUAUAAUUUCUGCAUCUUUUUAAUGAGUGAAUACUCAUUUUAUUUAUUAAAUAUUACGUCAAGAUACAUUGUAUAUAGAACACUGCUUAAAAAAAAACGAGUCAGCUAAUUUGACAUUUAGCUGACAAAAAGUUAACCCGAUUUUGAGACUCGAUGAUUUGUGUGUAUAAUCUAAAAAUGUAAAUAAUUGGCCAUUACAAUUUUUUUUUCUACUAUGAACAACAAACAGGCCAUAAAAAAAGUCGAUGACCCACCUGUUUCAAAGUGGUAAACCUUGGCCUAUAGAUAUAAAUAACGUUAGAAUUAUAAGUAUAUUAUACGUUGAUGAUAUAAUGAACGAGAUAUUUACUUAAAAGGAGUGGAUGAAGCAUAGAUUGAAAGACAAGUGAAGAUGAAAAUCCGAUGGCCGCAUCAAGUAUAUUUAUAUCCUAACUAAUUCUCGUGGCUUUGUUUGCAUGAAUAAUUAUAUUUAUAAAGUAUGCUAUGUGUUAAGUUAGGGAAUAACUUACCCGUGUACCAAAUUUCAUUCAAAUACGUUCAGGAGUGAUUGAGUAAUAAACAUACCAACAUCUUUACAAUUUUUUUAAUUUGUAAUAUUAAUAGGGUAAAAUCAAUUUACUAAGCUAAAUAAUGGUACACUUUCUACUAUAAAAAUAUUUUACAAUGUCACAAAACUUUUUCAAUUAACCAUUAUUGCUUUAAGGACCAGUAUGAUUUAAAUUUAAAAAGUCAGAGCUACUCUAAAUUUAAUCUUGGUGGUCCAUAGCUUAAUUCUUUAUCUAAACUAUGAAAUAAAUAAAUAUUUUUUUGAGAUUAAUUUUUUAAUUUAAUAACACAACAGGCAACACUAUUGUCUGAUAGUCAAAGAUUAUUUGGUGCAUCCAAAUAACGAUAACUAAUAAUCUCUCUAUAAAUUUAUGCUCAAAGCAUGUCACACGUUAUAAUUUUAUAUGUAAGUUAAUGUAUAUAAAUGUUAAAUCGAUAGGUAACUGUUUCCUUACCUAAUAGGUACCUAUUUCUUUAUUAUGAAAAAUAAAUUAAUUAUUUUUA